AUUAUGGGUUGGAAUUGGCUGUUAGACUGAAGCCUCUAAACCUACAGGUGGAAAUAGAUAGCCAGGCCUUAGUAAGGGCCUUGAAUGGUACAAGCAACUAUGGAGGCGAAAGUGUGCACAUUGUCAACAGAUGUAAAGAGAUGCUAGAAGAUACAAAGUGGGAAGUGCAAGUCCAUCACAUUUAUAGAGAAGCAAAUAGAGCCGUGGAUUGACUAGAAAAUCAAGGCGUAAAUUAGAACAAUAAGAUCGAGUUGAUUCAAGUCCCCCCACUACCGGGUCGAAUUUUGUAUGAUGAUGUUGUUAGCGUGGCUAUGCCACAUUUAGUUCCGCCUUAAUAUUUUUUUUCUUGUUUUCUUUGGAGCCUAGCUCCUCGUUCGCAAAAAAAAAAAAAAAAAAAAAAAAAAAAAAAAAAACUCUGAUAUAACAACCUCUAUAACCGUAACAAAAUAAUUCCUAUAACACUAACCAAUAGUCCUUAAUUUUAAAAUUCGAUCCCGAAAAAGAAAAGGCAAUCUAAUAGCGGGAAAAGUUUGACCGACAUGUAAACCAUUCGCCGUAGAAGGAAUGGACCGCUGACGCAAAAGUCAGUAGCACGCCCACAUCACUUGUCACUAUUCUCCUCAAACCCCGAAUCACACCUACCCUUUUUACUCACCUCCUCCUUCAAUAAAUUCAUUCACAAACUACAAUUUCCAAACAAACCCAUUCUUUACAUAUUCCACCUCAAAGACAGUAUCACAGAACUCUCUAAUGGCGGAGGAUAGAGAAAAUCAGAAUAAAAAUGGAGAUACAACAACAACAAGAAUAUUAGUAGGAUACGCAUUACCUCCAAAGAAAGUUGACAGCAUCUUGAACCCAUCUUUACUCACUUACGCCAAGAACCAUGGUGUUGAUUUCAUCCCAAUUGAUGUCAAUCAACCUUUGAUUCAUCAAGGUCCAUUUGAUUGCGUUCUUCACAAGAUUUACGACGAUGAUUGGAGUCGUCAAUUACUCGAUUUCGCUUCGAAAAACCCUAGUAUUCCAGUUAUUGAUUCUCCCACCGCAAUUCAGCGUCUUCAUGAUCGGAUUUCGAUGCUUGAAGCCGUCAAAAAUCUUGUAAUUCCGUCGUCUACGGCGGAGAUGGCGCCGAGUGUGGGGAUUCCGAAGCAGGUUUUGUUGAUGGAUGAAGAUGAGAUUGAGAAUCUGGGUUUGAAAUUUCCGGUGAUUGCGAAACCAGUGGUUGCGAAUGGAAGCAUUAAAUCUCAUCAAAUGUCACUGGUUUUUAAUUCAAAUGGAUUGAAGAAGUUGAAGAAUCAAACCCCAAUUGUUCUUCAGGAGUUUGUUAAUCAUGGCGGAAUUUUGUUUAAGGUUUAUGUUGCUGGGAAGAAUGUUAGGUGUGUUCAAAGGAAAUCGCUUCCAGAUUUUGAUGUAACAGCUGAUCAUUUUGAGGAUGAAGGUGUAAUGCCGUUUUCGCAGAUUUCGAAUUUGCCAACGACUGAAAAACAACUGCAGGUUGAUAAUGUUGCUAUGCCUCCUAUGGAGUUUGUCAAUGGAUUGGCUAGUGCGAUGAGAGAGGGUGCACAGCUUAAUUUGUUUAAUUUUGAUCUGAUUCGAGACGGGUCCGAAUCGAGUGGUGUCAAGUACUUGAUCAUUGAUAUUAAUUACUUCCCGGGUUAUGCUAAGUUGCCGGAGUUUGAAGCUAUGUUGACUCAUUUCUUUUUGGAUGUUGUUAACAGCAGUCGUUCCGGUGUCUGAAAAGGCUUGAGAUGGUGCUGCUGUAUGAUAAAAUGAUGCUGUAACAUUGUUCUGCAUUCCAAUGUUUAGCAUGUAACUUGUUCAAUUUUGCUUACUGUCCUGUGUAGUUUUGUUGAAAUCACAUAAAUGAAAUGCAUUUUGUUUUUGUCC